CGGAAGGGCCGGACCAUCUGCGCGGCUGUUAGGGAGACGUGACAUGUCUGCGGCCGGCUGAUCGGCUGCAGCUAGCACAACGUUAAGAGAAGGGGAAUCGGUUUGGGCCGCGCUUCACUGGUUAAGGGGGGGAAUUAGGUGGACUCUAGGGCCUGGGAGGGAUCCGUAGGCCUUGGCAAGCAGCGCAGUUUACUGAGAUUCGCAGCCCGGAGAGUGGUCUCCCCUCUCGGCUAGUUCGGGUGCUGAGACGAUUACAGGAAAGAUGGCGGACGAUCCGAGCGCAGCGGACAGGAACGUGGAGAUAUGGAAGAUAAAGAAGCUGAUCAAAAGUCUCGAGGCGGCGCGGGGGAAUGGCACCAGCAUGAUCUCCCUGAUCAUCCCUCCUAAAGACCAGAUCUCUAGAGUGGCCAAAAUGCUGGCAGAUGAGUUCGGCACAGCCUCCAACAUCAAGAGCAGAGUCAACAGACUGUCUGUGCUGGGCGCCAUCACCUCUGUACAGCAGAGACUCAAACUCUACAACAAGGUGCCCCCUAAUGGACUGGUGGUGUACUGCGGAACCAUCGUGACAGAGGAGGGAAAGGAAAAGAAGGUCAACAUCGAUUUUGAGCCUUUUAAACCCAUUAACACUUCCCUGUACCUGUGUGACAACAAGUUCCACACUGAGGCUCUCACUGCUCUGCUGUCAGAUGACAGUAAGUUUGGUUUCAUUGUGAUUGACGGCAGUGGCGCUCUGUUCGGGACGCUGCAGGGGAACACCAGGGAGGUGCUGCACAAGUUCACUGUGGACCUGCCCAAAAAACACGGGCGAGGUGGUCAGUCGGCUCUGCGAUUCGCUCGGUUGCGGAUGGAGAAGAGACACAACUACGUGCGGAAAGUGGCAGAGACGGCUGUCCAGCUCUUCGUGUCCAACGACAAGGUCAACGUCGCGGGCAUGGUUCUGGCCGGAUCAGCUGACUUCAAGACAGAGCUAAGCCAGUCGGACAUGUUCGACCCGCGGUUACAAGCCAAGGUCCUAAAGCUGGUGGAUAUCUCAUACGGAGGGGAGAACGGCUUCAACCAGGCCAUCGAGCUGUCGGCAGAGGUGCUGUCAAACGUCAAGUUCAUCCAGGAGAAGAAACUCAUAGGCCGUUACUUUGAUGAGAUCAGCCAGGACACGGGGAAGUACUGCUUCGGCGUGGACGACACCCUGAAAGCCCUGGAGAUGGGCGCGGUGGAGAUCCUCAUCGUUUACGAGAACCUGGACACUAUGCGCUACAUCUUGCGUUGCCACGGCGCCGAGGGCAAUGCCUCCGAGAACGAUGAGAAGACCUUGUACUUGACGCCAGAGCAGGAGAAAGACAAGUCUCACUUCACAGACAAAGAGACGGGGCAGGAGCAUGAGCUGAUUGAGAGCAUGCCACUGCUGGAGUGGUUCGCCAACAACUACAAGAAGUUUGGUGCCACGCUGGAGAUCGUCACAGACAAGAGCCAGGAGGGGUCGCAGUUUGUCAAGGGCUUCGGGGGCAUUGGUGGGAUCCUGCGCUACCGGGUGGACUUCCAGGGCAUGGAGUACCAGGGAGACGACGACGAGUUCUUCGAUUUGGAUGACUACUAGGUAGUCGAGACUUGAACGAGAUUUCAGAAUUUAAAGGAGUCCCUCCCCCUCACACGGUGAUCGAAGGAAAGGGGGAGAGAGAGAGGGAGAGAAAGAGAAGAGAAGAACGAGUGAGAACAGGAAAAAAUGUUGCAUAAAAAAAUGUUCCCCUGCCUUAAAACACCAUGAUUCCAUCUCUGGUCGGAUAGAACUGCUCCACAUUUUUCUCUCCAGUGUAAAUUAAUGCGAUGAAGUGACAGCACCCCCUCUACCCUGCCCACGGCUCCACCCCCUGCCCAUUCCUCCACCUCUGACCUGCCCACACUCCUCCAGGACUCGCUCUUCUUACAUAUAAAUAUAUAUUUUUCUUCAUUCUCCUCCCCCAUCCCUCCCUACUUGAUUUUUUUUUUUUUUACUGGCAUCUGCUGCUGUUGUGUUUUAUGAGUUGGAUUUUUUAAGCUGGGUUUGUGUAGAGGGUAAAAAAUGUAUUAAAUCUGAACUGCUUAACAAAGCCACCUCAUGCAGACUCCCAUUUCAUCCAGCUGGGUUUGGUAAAUCUCCUGCUAUGCUGUGUGGCAGACAGACUGCGCCCCCUGUCCACUUCAAGAUUCAAGUUUAGUUAUGUUAAAUUGGGGACCACACAGGUUCUCAUUGGUUAUCCUACCAUGUGAGACAUAAUGAAACUGACCAAUAGGAGUCCUGGAGUCCUUGUCCUGAAGGAUGUGUGAGGAAGUACAUCUCAGUAACAGUGUGUAUGAGAGAGUGUGUGUGUGUGUGUGUGCACGCGUGUGCAUGCGCAUAUCAGAGUGAGUGUCUUGUGGUCAGUUUGUUGUAUGUUUGGUCAGUGUUCCCCUCAUACCAGAUGUAAACCUCAAAAUUUGUUCAGAAUGAUAGGUAGUAAAUCUAGCCAUUCUUAAGAACUGAAGCAUUCUGGGUUAUCUUUAUGGGUGGAGGGUCAGGUGGUUUCGGUUUGAUCUUCAUGUACCUGACUGGACAAAAAAGCUGAUUUUAGUCAUUAUAUACACAUGAAUAUAGGUAUUUUCCAAAUACUUUUAUUGGCUUUAGGGAUCAAAAGAUAGGAGAACAGACUGUGAUAAGACUUAAUUUUUAUUUCCUGCAAUGGCCUUGACUGUAAAACUCUGUUGCACAGCUGUGUGACCCAUCUAUUUUUUUUGUUAAUCAGGUGAGGUCACUCAUAAAUUCUACAUAUCGGACCACCAAAGGAAUGUGUGGACUGUAGUGUAACUAAUAUAUAAACACAGAUGCAUUAAAGACGCCAGAGCGUAGGUGUGCAGCUGGUAAGGUCUGGCUCACAGGGUAGAUGGAGCUGCAGUGUGGGACAGGCGGUGGCUUCAGCUCAGCCUCAGAGCCGCUUCAGCGUCUGCCCCUGUCAUCCAUAAUGUCUGUCUCUGAGGCCAGAUGCACGUCAGCAUAGGGUCCAGUGGGCGUGGUGUCGUAGGGACAGCAGUAACGCACUGAAUGGCUUCUUGAGGAUGAUGCCGCCGGUCCAUGCUCUGUCUGUGGGGAAUGGCGUGUCUUUGGUGUCUGUCUUGUCAACUUGCAUAGCCCUGUUAUUCCUGUUCCACCCCAUCACUAGAGCGGGGUGAGGUUUCCCCAGCUAGGAUCACAGUGGAACCACUGAAGCACACGUUGUAACAUUUCGGUCACAUCGCUUUGUUCCUGGGGCUAUGGUGCGGUCAUUGUGCGAGAACGCUCUUGCGGUCCGGUCGGUAUGUUAGUGGAGCUCCCUUGUGACCGUGGUCGUCUUUUCCAGUCCAGUCGAGGGGGGACUUUUCAUAUCACUAACAGCAGAGCAAUCCUCCCCUGCAGUUUCCUCCUCCUUACGGCUGUUAAUUUAUCUUUAUUUUUUGUUUUCAUCAUCAGCUCUUUUGUAUGAAUUGGUUAUUAUAACUGGCCACAAUUAUUAAAUGUUCUCAUUGUUUGCAAAAUUGUUGUGGAGAUUUUUAUGGUUGCCUCCAUGCAUGUUUUACAGAUUUUGGGAGUGGGGGGAGUCCUGAUGUCCAUGCAGUAGAAUGUCCCUAUGUAAAUGAAAGAGAUGAAUCACUGCAUGCUUUUUAUGUAAAAAUUGAGAAUGUAGUGCCAGAUUGCAUGUACAUACAGACACAGCUUGUUGGUGUCUGUAUUUUUUGUCUGAGAUUUGUUUUAAAAGCAAAUGUUGUACAGGUCUGCUGUCAUACAGCAGUUUCCUUUUCAGAUUUCCCUGGAUAAACCCUCCUUCACGGCCUGACAGGUGUCAGCUUUUUCCCAUCACUGGUGGAGGUUGUGUCUAAAGGAAAUCAUUUUAAGUGCUCCCCAGAUUGUUUGCUGACUUUAGAAU